UUAAGCUGCCCCUAGUCUUCUCUUUACCCGCUCUGUCUCACUCACUUUUAAAAUUAAUUACAUUUUUAUUUUUAUCUUGUUGUCUGUCUUUAGCUUGCGUGACAUGGCUUCUUCUGCUUGACAUGCCUGCAAUCAGGGAGUGGUGGUGUCUACGUCUAAUUGAGCGGUUUGAGACAGAGGGGCACGGGAAAAGGUUCACCCACUGGACCGAGGAGGCAAGAUGCCUGACUGAAGGGACAUUACGACCAGUCUACAGGAGUUUUCCAGGACUAACACAUGACUUGCCACAACAUGUUGUUGCCAGGAGGAACCGAAAGUUAUCCAACCAGGCUCUGGUGGACUUCAUUGUGGCAAGAGGAACCGAUAACCACAUUCAGUCCAUCAUCAAUGGACAAAAAAAAUCACAGUGGCUUGACACUUUUUCCAAGUGUUCCAUAAAGAAAGUGCCUGUGCCAUUGUUCAAUGAAGAUCAGGAACAAAUUGAUAUGAUCUACACUCACCUGACUUCAAUUCUGAACAGUACACCCACACACACCCACAGUGACCAGAUCAGAUUUAUUAUGGAUGUCCUUUUUCCAGAGUCCAUCAUCUGUGCUCUUGCUGUUGUGGAACAUGUGUCCAUCUUGAAGGCUGAGGAGAAAUUCCUGCGAGGACCUGUCAUUGAAGUGAGCGGGAGCACUUUGACAGCAGGAUAA